AUGUCCUCUUCCAAUUCAGCAUCGCCGUCCUCCAACAGUUACCUCGAGCAGACGGCGUCUAUGCUCAGUACUGUUGGCGCGUACAUGCGGCUACCAGCCAUAGCCUCGACGGGUAUCGCAGCUGUCUUGACUAGCCUCCUCUACUUCAAGCAAAAAGCUCUGAUCUACCCCUCGCAUAUGCCCGCAAACUCUCGAACCGAUGUCCCAAGACCCUCACAGUAUGGCAUCAAGGAUUUUGAAGAACUCGUCAUCCCCACAAACGAUGGCGAGAAGCUGUCGGCAUUCUACAUCCGCGGCCCGCGUGGUGGAAAGAACUCCAAUGUCACCAUCCUGAUGUUCCAUGGGAACGCGGGUAACAUUGGCCACCGCCUGCCAAUCGCCCGCAUGCUUAUCAACUUUAUCGGCUGCAACGUAUUCAUGCUUGAGUACCGCGGCUACGGCCUAUCAACAGGAGAGCCAGACGAAUCCGGUCUCUUCCUAGACGCGCAAACCGCCCUCGACUACCUCCGAUCUCGCGCAGAGACGAGCAACCAUAAGCUGAUUGUUUACGGACAAAGCUUGGGCGGCGCUGUCAGUAUCAAACUGGUAUCUAAGAAUCAAAAAGAUGGGGACAUUGCUGGCCUGAUCUUGGAGAACACCUUCCUCUCCAUGCGGAAGCUCAUCCCUUCCGUAUUGCCACCGGCAAAGUACUUGACGCUUCUAUGCCACCAGGUUUGGCCAAGCGAAUCAAUCAUUUCCAGCAUCACAUCCGUGCCGAUCCUGUUUCUCUCUGGUCUCCAGGACGAGAUAGUACCACCCCGUCACAUGCGCCAACUUUACGAACUCUCUGCCGCGCCCUCAAAAAUUUGGAAGCCCUUGCCCGCAGGCGACCAUAACUCGAGUGUUUUGGAGGAGGGUUACUUCGAAGCCAUCUCGGACUUUCUUGGCAAUGUCACCGGCGUGACAGGCAAGGAGGAGAAGCAGCGCCUCUAG